AAGCGGAUAUGACGUUUUUCCAAAUGUUGCCUACUGUUGGGGAGAUAAACAAUCAUGGCGGAUUCCCAAUCUGAAGUUCCAGUGUAUUUUGCUAUUAGUAAUAUUCCUGUAGCCUUUCGCUCAGUGGACCUGAGAAAUUAUUUCAGUCAAUUCAUUGAGAGCGGCGGUUUUCAGUGUUUUCACUACCGUCAUCGGCCGGAGGUACUCAAAGAGUCCGAGGGGCCCCAAAGCACAGCGUGUGGUAACGCUAACGGUGAAGAGGGCGCCUCGGAAUCGUCGGAGACUGACCAAGAUCCAACAAAUAGCUCAGUGUCGAAGAAGACGACGAGGUCGUGCUGCUGUAUCGUCUCCGUUCAUGCCAAAGACGCCGAGGGGUUCGUCAGGAUGUAUGGGGGAAAUCACUGGAUUGACUCGAAGGGGAACUGGUUGGCUAAACGCUGUGUUAUCAAAAGAGUAAAGGUUUCACACGAUAAAGAUGAUGGCUCAUUCCCUUAUAAGACAAAGUAUGAACAGCGGCACAGAGUUUCCUUAACAGAGCGUUUUACAGAGGCUGACCUCAAAAUUUUAUCUGAACUAAAUCCACCUGCCCUGAUGCAGAAUGGGAAUGUGGGCACACCAGUGAAAGUGUUCCUCCAGCUCAUCCAGACCUGCCGCCUGCCUCCUCGACUCAUCCGGAAGUUGGGCCUCACUUUCCCCAAGACCAGCUCCAACCGUCGUUACGGCAAUGUGCCUUUCCAGUAUCAGCACACUUGCACUCUUCCAGCCACGGAGGAGACUGUGUUAACAGCAACUGGACAUGAAAUAUCUGGACCAGGCACUUUGGCCCCAUCCUCCAGAUCAAAACAGCUGGCUGAUCACACAGAGACAACAGAGACUUAUGAGCCACAGAAAGAUGGGGAGGACACCCAGUCAAAUCCAGAUGAUGAUGAUGACUGCUGUGAGGAGUGGGAGCGCCAUGAGGCUUUGCAUGAUGAUGUAACCAGCCAGGAAAGAAGCAAAGAGAGGCUGUAUGAGGAGGAGAUUGAGCUGAAGUGGGAAAAGGGUGGCUCAGGCUUGGUGUUCUACACUGAUGCCCAGUACUGGCAGGCAGAAGAAGGCGAUUUUGAUGAACAAACAGCAGAUGACUGGGAUGUUGACAUGAGCGUUUACUAUGAUAAAGAUGGGGGUGACAUGGAUGCUCGUGAUUACGUCCGAAUGCGGUAUGAAAAACGGCUGAGGGAAGGUCUUGAAGAUGGAUCUGGACACGGUCACUCUAUUGGCAGCUUUGAGAGGUUCACUAAGGGCUUUGGCCGUCGUGUGAUGGAGAAGCAGGGUUGGAAGGAUGGUGAAGGGCUAGGAAACAGCCAAACUGGGAUCCCUGAAGCCCUUGAGAAUGAGGGCCAACAUCCCAACUGCAAAAGGGGCUUUGGGUAUCAUGGAGAGAAGCUGGCCUUACAUCCUGUGAAAAAGACCAGAACAGAUUUUCAUAUAACUACAGUGUAUGAUGAACCCAAAGACAUAGAUGGAGGUGACAUUUUGCUCAGACGCCAGCCGAACACCAGUUUGAAGUACAGACACUGGCAGCCAGGUGGCAGCAUUGGGUCACAGAGAUAACUUUAAAUUAAUAAUUUAGUACAUGUAUAUUUAUAAAUUACUUAUU